AUGGUGAGGAUAAUAUUCAGAUGUAGAAGAGUUCCUAGGUUGAGGCUCAAACUUACUCCCAAUCCGAGUAAGAGAAUCAUCACCAAGAAUGAAUUGCGCUUGAUAAAAUUGCAUUCUAAGCUGAUGAAGAGACAGCAGAAAUGCAUUCCAAAGAUGAAGAAGUGGGAGAAAUCCCACAAAUUUGGGCCUUGGGCAAAUCUACCUGAAGAUCUCUGGCAGAAAAUAAUGGAACUGAUGAGCACAGAUGACCAAUUUCGGUCAACUUCAGUUUGCAAGGAUUGGCAUUCAGCGAUAACAAGAAUCGCUCGCUCGCUGGAAUUAUCAUACCGUGGCGGCGGUGCUCUAUUUUGGGAGUUUUAUUAUCGGUGGGAAACGAGCGUCGGGAAUCCAAAGUUAAGUUUGGUAAGUCAACUUAAUGAUCCAAGCUCCGGAGGAUCAUUUGAUUUGGUAAAAUCUAAUUGGAAUUGUAAGACAAAAUUCGCCUUUGGUGCCAAUCCCGUUGCUCAGAAAAAUGGUUGGUUUCUCUUUGCCAAGAAGUUCCAGUGGAAGAGCUAUUUCUUCCUGUAUCAUGUCUUUUCCAAGCGUACCAUCUGGUUGCCCGCUCUGAAGUAUUUUUUUGACAUUGCAACGUUCUCUAGUAAAGCACUUCCUUUAGGCCCAGAGUGUCAGUCCGAUUGUGUAAUCUUUGCAUCAUACAGAUCGGGAUCUGGAAUAUACAUUGCCACAUAUAAAAUUGGAGAUGAGAAUUGGGAAAUCAUGUUGGUGGCUACUGCAAAAGCAGAUGAUUCUCUUCCAUCCACGAGCUAUAGAACUCCAGAUCUGCAGCAAACCCCUCGAAUUGUUGACUUCAGCACCUCUUCUUCUUCAUCCGGAUCUCCUCCUCCGGCAGAUAAUAGAUCAUCCAUCUUUGUAUCAGAUCUGUUGGAAAGGCUUACCAAGCAACUAACCAAACUAGUAACCUUCCAAGAUAAUGACUCAAAUACCCCAGAAAAGAAAGAUAUGAUUCAAUAUAUUUUGGAAGGACCAAAAUUCCUUUCUAAAAAGAGAGCUAAAACUUUCACAAAAGAAAGAUCUAAAAGUUCCACAAAGGGAAGACUAGCCAAGAAACAAAAACUAAGAAAAUAA